CCGGUGCCUCGGGCUCCGCCGCAGCUUCUCCAGCAGGUCUCGCGGCAGGCAGGCGGCUUGGUCGCCAGCUCCGGCCUCAUGGCUGCUCCCGGCUCUUCGGCUGAGUGCGGCUACAUCCGGACAGUCCUGGGCCAGCAGAUCCUGGGGCAGCUGGACAGCUCCAGCCUGGCUUUGCCUUCCGAGGCCAAGCUGAAGCUGGCGGGGAGCAGCGGCCAGGCGGUCAAGAGCCUGCGGAUCCAGGAGCAGGUGCAGCAGACCCUGGCCCGGAAGGGCCGCAGUUUCGCGGGCAGCGGAAAUCUUCACCGAACUAGCAGUGUUCCUGAAUAUGUCUACAAUCUACACUUGGUUGAAAAUGAUUUUGCUGGUGUGCGUUCCCCUGUUACUAAAACCUAUGACUUGCUAAAGACAGGCACAGCCCCCACUUAUGAAGGUCGCUGGGGAAGAGGAACUUCGCAAUACAGCUCCCAGAAGUCGGUGGAGGAAAGGUUCUUCAGGCAGCCUCUAAGGAGACUUGAGAUUUCCCCAGACAGCAGCCCUGAGAGGGCUCAGUACGCACACAGCGAGCACCAGUACAGCCAGAGAAGCCAGGCCGGCCACACCUUGCGGCACCAGGAGAGCAGGAGGUCCACGCUUCUCGUGCCACCUCGCUACGCCCGCUCAGAAAUCGUAGGUUUCAGUCACUCCGGGGCGGUGGGCAGACAGCGUCACUACGACACCUACAACAGGCGCUACCAGUACGGGUCUGCGAACGAAGCCGUUUUUGACGGCGCCCCGGUCCAGCCGGUAGUGCUCACCUACCCCAGGCCGGGGACCAGCCACAGCCUGGGCAACCUCCUGGAGAAGGAGAACUACGUGACUGCGGGCCUCGCCGCCGGGCAGGCCAGGCCGGCGCCCGUGCCGCCGGGCACGCAGGGCCGGGCAGAGCGCUCGUCCUGGCAUCAGAGCUCCUUCCACAGCACCCGCACUCUGAGGGAAGCCGAGGCGGGCGGGAGGAGGCCGCACAGGACCGUGGGCCAGGUGGCGGCAGGAGGAAGUGGGAUCGUGGUCGCCGGCGAGAGAAGCACUUUCCCCGAGGCCCAGUCUGGGAAUGUAGACACGGAGAUGACUCUGGAGCGAGCAGUGAGCAUGCUUGAGGCAGACCACAUGCCACCGUCCAAGAUUCCUAUUGCAGCUACUUUCAUACAGCAUGAAUGCUUCCAGAAAUCUGAAGCACGGAAAAGGGUUUAUCAGCUUCGUGGCAUCCCCAAGCUUCUACAGCUCCUAAAAGUUCAGAAUGAAGAUAUCCAGCGAGCCGUGUGUGGGGCCUUGAGAAACUUGGUGUUUGAAGAUAAUGACAAUAAAUUGGAGGUAGCUGAACUCAGUGGGGUGCCUCGGCUGCUCCAGGUGUUAAAGCACACCAGAGACUUGGAGACUAAGAAGCAAAUAACAGGUUUGCUGUGGAACUUAUCCUCUAAUGACAAACUUAAGAAUCUCAUGAUAACAGAAGCCUUGCUUAUCCUCACUGAGAAUAUCAUCAUCCCCUUUUCGGGGUGGCCAGAAGGAGACUACCCCAAAGCAAAUGGUUUGCUUGAUUUUGAUAUAUUCUACAAUGUCACAGGAUGCCUAAGAAACAUGAGUUCAGCUGGCCCUGAAGGGAGAAAAGUGAUGAGGAGGUGUGAUGGACUGAUUGACUCACUGGUCCAUUAUGUCAGAGGCACCAUUGCGGAUUACCAGCCAGAUGACAAGGCCACAGAGAACUGUGUGUGCAUUCUUCAUAACCUCUCCUACCAGCUGGAGGCAGAGCUCCCAGAGAGAUACUCUCAGAGUAUUUAUAUUCAAAACCGGAAUAUCCAGGCUGACAACAACAAAAGUAUUGGGUGUUUUGGCAGUCGAAGCAGAAAAGUAAAAGAGCAAUACCAGGACAUGCCAAUGCCAGAGGAAAAGAGCAACCCCAAGGGCGUGGAGUGGCUGUGGCACUCCAUUGUGAUACGAAUGUAUUUGUCCUUGAUCGCCAAGAGUGUCCGAAACUAUACUCAAGAAGCAUCUUUGGGAGCUCUCCAGAAUCUCACAGCAGGAAGUGGACCAAUGCCAACAUCAGUAGCUCAGACAGUUGUCCAGAAGGAAAAUGGCCUUCAGCACACACGAAAGAUGCUGCAUAUUGGUGAUCCAAGUGUGAAAAAGACUGCCGUCUCUCUGCUGAGGAAUUUGUCUCGGAAUCUUUCUCUACAGAAUGAAAUUGCCAAAGAAACUCUACCUGAUUUGGUUUCCAUAAUUCCUGACACAGUCCCAAGUACUGAUCUUCUCAUUGAAACUACAGCCUCUGCCUGCUACACAUUGAACAAUAUAAUCCAAAAUAGUUACCAGAAUGCACGAGAUCUUCUAAACACUGGGGGCCUGCAGAAAAUUAUGACCAUAAGCGCAGGUGACACCUGCGCCUCCAGCAAAGCAAGUAAAGCUGCUUCUGUUCUCCUGUAUUCUCUGUGGACCCACACAGAGCUUCAUAAUGCCUACAAGAAGGCUCAGUUUAAGAAGACAGAUUUUGUCAACAGCAGGACUACCAAAGCCUACCACUCCCUGAAAGACUGAGGAAUGUGAAAAAGUGCUCUCAGAAAUAUGAACCUCUUCAUUCUCAGUUACAAAAAGCCCCAAAGGAAAACACCUAUUUUUCUACUUCCCAGCUUAAGAAACCUCAAAAAAGCAUAUCCUGUUUCUACACUUUUCUAUUUCCAUGGUCCUUGAAUCCAGAAGACAUUUGUGAGUUUGACACCAGUAGAUACUGGCAACAGGCUCAAUUUUACCCUCUACAAAUAGUGGUCUUUUUGAUCAGGGCUAAUAGUGCAUGACCUCCUAGAAUCAAAAUAUGAAUUUAUAUGGAAUGGACAUUAACAAAGUAAAUAAGGAAGAAAGCUGUUGUAUCACUAGGAUUUUAAAUUUUGACUUGCAUUUAUAUUCCUUCUCUGAUUUCCAUGUUUUGUCACUCACAUGUGUGUUGUUUCACCGUUGAGCCAUGAGUGUACUGUUCUGCAGUGCUGAAACAGAAACAAGAAGUAUUUUGGAGUUGUCCAGGAGAAAAUAUAAUGGCAACACUGCCUGUUUGUUUACUUUGUGCUUGUUUUUAUCCUCUUGGAUUUUUUUCUCGGCUUUUCAAUAAAUGUAAGAAAUUUAGAUCACAGAGCAUGCAUGACUAUAAGAAGAAGAAAUUGAAAGGAAGUGAUCAUAGAAAAUUUUAAAAAUCUUUUCUACAGUUUGAAAUUUGGUGUUCCCUCUAAAUAAUAAAUAAGAUUUUUACUCAAGGAAACACUUCACCUAUAACAACACUAUUAAAUGCAAAUUUCUCCUGACAGUAGUAUUCACGAUACUGUUUCCUGGACAUUAGCCACUGCAAUGAGCUGGUGAAGAAUGGACUUUACUGUUUGGCUACAGAAGGAACCUAGAUCUGUCAAUCUGUUGGAUCAGCCAGGGCCAUGAAAACCCAGCUCAUUUUAAUGAAUUAUCAACCAGCCUACUUUGCCUAAAAUUUUAAAAAUAGCACAGAACCACUAAGUCUCAUGUGAUCUUCCUUAAGCCAUUAUUUUAAGUCAAGAAAACACUAGAGAAGAAAAGUGAAAUUAUGUUGAGGAAAAAAAUGUUGUCUAGGCCAUCUAGAAAUGAUAUGAGAAAUGCUAGCAUUUAAACGUUGACAGCAUCAUCUAUUGGAGUCUAUAUUAAGUGUUAUUUUAACUGGACUAUGAUUAAUACCAUUCAGAUAGAAUUAGUCUUCUUAACCAUAAUUCUGUUAUAUUUUUCUUUUUAAAAGAAUCUGACAAUAUUUACUUCAAGAAAGUAAGAAGGGAAAAAAUCCUUCAGCUCCUUUUGGCCACCAAAGUGUGAUAGGAAAUAAAUUGCCACUUUCAAUUUGAAUGUGUACUUAAGUCUUUAUUAUAUUUGGAACUUAAAUUCUUUCCAUUUCAAAAGCUCAGUGAAGAAGACUAAGGUUACUACUUCAAAAUGAAAUUAUUUAGAUACCAAUUUUUAAAACACUGAAGAGAGAAAUCUUCUCUCUUUUUCUAAAAUUCUGAUGGUAAGCAUUUGGAGUAUAUUUAUUCCUCCAGAUAAUUAAUAUAUAUUUUAGAAAUUUCUGUGCUUUUAAGGCACAGUAGAGCCUUCAAUAAUAUUAAACAUAAAAUGAGGCAAAAAUAGCAUUGCCUGCCUUGGUAGCUGGGUAUAUGUGACUUAUUUGUGUAUCUUGGUAUCUGUGGUAUGAUUGACAUGAUGUUUGAGUAUUUGACUUAUGAAGUUCAACUUUAAUUGCUAAGAGUGUAAUAAGAAAUAUAAUUGCUUCUAUUUCUCCCCUAAUUAGUCCUAAAUUCUUUUCCAAGAAACACUUCCUAUAAGAAAGAUGGGAGUAGCUAGUGACUAAAGAUGGAGAGACAUACAAAUCUAGAUAUUGUUAGAUUUUAGUAAAUUGAGUGGGUCUGCGACCAUGAGAAGAUAGACUAUGUUUGAUCCCCAGGUCCUACUUUGUUUACAAAAACCUCAGUACUUUACUGUCUAUGAACACUUCCAAGGGAGGUCCGUAUGCAGCUGGAUAUCACUUUGAUCACAGGGCUAUAUACAUACACAAAGCUUUUCUUCUUUUCUGUGUGUCCGAGACUGUGUCCAUGUCAUCAAAGGGACUGAGUUGGACCUCUGCACUUAUUUCUGCUAAGGGAUCUAAAGGCCUUGCUGCUUUGUCAAGAAUUCUUCAUGAUUUUCUGGAAUGGGGGAGGUUGCUGCCCUGGAUUUCUAUUAAAUGGAAACAUUGUUUAUACUUGAUGGAAGUAACCAAAGGGUUAUCUGACAAGAUAAAGAGGGAAUUAAUGUGUCAAAUGGGAAAAUAAGCAACAUGAGUAGAUAAACCAUAAAACCAAUCUAAUCACCGUAUAAAAGAGCAAUUCUUUAGAAGAAAGAAGGAAGUGGAGGGGAGAUGUAUAUAUAAAAACAUGUAUAUAUAAUUUACAUACUAUAGUUACAAAUGAAACUUCCUCUAAAUAAAGUGCAUGGAGUGAGGACUUCAAUAUGUAUAUACUUUGAACAAAAUUGCAGAGGCUUCAAAUCACAAAAUCUGAGGAUUAGGAGCGAAUUUAGAGAACAUCUGGUCAAGUCCUCUUUAGAAUAUCUUCUUGUAUCAGAAAAGAUUCAGUUCUUAUUAGGAGGACAGAGAAGAAAAAUGUGCAAUCAUUUAUUCACUUAAUGCCCAACAUGACCCUGUAACUGGCCCAUCUUAAGAUUCAGUAACUUACAUUUUAAAGUAUUUGUUGUAGGAAUGAAAAUAGAUUAAAAAGGAAACAAACUUUUCAAAAUAAAAUUCUACUUUAAUGUUUUAUUUAUAGUAAUACUGACAGUUUCAUCUCUUAAGAAAUAAACUUCAACCCUUUAAGGACUAUGAGUAAAAGGAAAACUUUUUUAUGGUCUAUUCAGGAGAGAAAAAUCAAAAUACCACAUAUUGGCAUAGGAGUUGUUUAAAAUUUGUUAAGGGGGAAGCAUUCUAAAAGUCAUAGUCUGGAAGACAGUUGUUUAAAAAACAGCAAUAUUCAGCCUGGAAGAAGAGUGUCACAUUAUCUAUCUUUAAAUAUCUGAAAGACCACUGUGUAGAAGAUGACAUGGUCUUCCUCUGACAGAGUAGAGGACAGACUAGGGGGAGGCUUGUAUGACUAUCUUUGACUGAACAAGAAUGGACAUAUGUUGAGCGUUUCUCACAACCUCCUCAUAAAGUAUAUACUUUUUUCUUUUCUUUUUACAUUUUACAUGUGAAAAUAACCUGAAGCAGAGAAAGGUUAGGUUACAUUCCAAAGCGUCUUAGUUGGAAAAUGCAAAGGGGCCAUAUGAAUCCAGGUGAGAUGGCUUCUCUCUGGGGUUUCCCUGGGAGCCAAGAAUGCAAGACUCUGUCUUCACUCUGGGGAAAUGAGGGGCUCUUUUUGGUUUGUCUCUUGGCUAGUUAAGAGGACUUAUUCUAGGACCAGCCAGCUUGAACUCAAAUUGCAGUUGCUCCACUUGCUGGGAGGGUAAGGGUUAGGCUUAGUUGGGGUAAAGUCCUUACUCUCUCUGAGCCUCAGCUUUCCUUCUCUGUUAUAUGUGAAUGAUAGGGGUAGUUACCUCAUGGGAUCGCUUUAAGGAUUGAAUGUUUUCAUAAUUAUAAAGCACUUAAUGCCUGACAGUAUCUACACAAUAAACACUGACUAAAUUAUUUGGAGUUUUCUGUUUGGAUGGGCCUUUGUUUUCCUUUUUUAAUCUAUUUGUUUGAAUUUCUCUUUUCAGAUAGGUUGAUUUAGAUAAAAGCCCAAUCUUCCCCCCAGUCAACCAUUUUAUACACAAACAUAGACACUUAUUGACUCAUCCCUCAGAAGGCCAGGUAGAAUGAGGAAGAUAAAUAUUGCCCAGACAAGUGUUCCUCAAAGUCUGUUCUUCAGAACACAGGUUCUUUGGGGGUAUUUAUACAUGUUAUGUGAUAAGAAAUAGCCUAUAUUUAAUAAGUUUGAAGAUGGCUGAGUUACACAAAGAUUGAAAAGAUCGAGAUUAUAAGAUUUCUCAGAGUCCCUAAUAUGCAGCAUGCAUUGUGAAAUCUCCAAGAAGGAAUAGAGUAUGCUGCAUGUCGCCAAUCUUUUUGAAUCAAUAAACCCCUUUUUUUUCCAGAUGAUUCUUGAAGCUGUGUCUCUGCUGUAAACACUGUGACAUCAGUGAUCUGAGCCAUAGUCAAGAGGGGAAAAGGCAUUUAUCUUAUUCACAGUCUAGCCCGGGCUUCCCUGGUGGCUCAGUGGUAAAGAAUCCACCUGCAAUGCAGGAGACACAGGUUCAAUCCUUGGGCAGGGAAAAUCUCCUGGAGAAAGAAAUGGCAACCCACUCCAAUAUUCUUGCCUGGGAAAUCCCAUGGACAGAGGAGCCUGGUAGACUAUAGUCCCUAGGGUCACAAAACAGUCAGACAUGACUUAGCCACUAAACAACACAACAGUCUAGCUCAGUUCAUCUAGCUAAAGUCUGGACUACUGGUAAAUCGGACCCAGGCCUAAUCAUGAUUUAGUAAAACCUGAAAAUCAGUGAUUUCAAUAGAUUUAGGAUUAGUUCCUGAACAUUUUGUCUUAUUCCCACCUGGAGUGCUGCAUCUAUGGAUGGAAAGACAACUCAGGAGGUAUACAUAAGUCCAGAGAAACAGGUUGAGGCAGCCACAGACACUCCUUCAUCUUGACUGAUCAGACCUUCAAAAAUCCCACUUCAAGAGGCAAUUAAUUCUCUCAGAAGCCUGAAUUUUGCUUGUAAGCUGCUAACAUACAUCUGGCAUUUUUAUUUUGAAUAAAAAUGAAGUCCAAACUGUUGCAGAUUUUCUUUGAACCAUUGCAAGGUGUUUUCUUAUGUUUAAAAGAAGUUAGGGAUUUCCAUUUUCAUUUAGAGUAUCUUUCAACAUACAUACACUGAACACUUAUUCCUAGAGCUGUGGACCAGUGAGAUGUACCUUUCUAAGGAAGCACUCACAGCUCUUGAUGGAACUGACUUCACUGUGACACCUUCACAGUUUAUAGUGCCCUUUGAUCCGCCUGGGAAAUGAGGAGUCAUCAACUGUGUAGUGAGAGUUAAGGCACUCUAGACCUAUACAGGUCUUCUGGAAAAGAUCUCUCAUAAAACAAGAAAUGAUUAGAGUGAGAAGCAGAGAAUUACUAAGAAAAUACUUUUGUUUUAGCCAAAAUGGGUGAAGUCAGAAUUGACAGCCUCUAUAAUAAGAGUGCAUGAAAACUAGUAUUUUUGAAAAUUGACACUAUUUUCCUCAGGAACUUGUUUCUUUUACUCCUUGCUCAAAUUGGAGAUUUUUGCAGUCGUAAAUUUAAAAGAUAGAAGUAAUCUAUUUUAGUAGUAUUUUCAAAACAGAUUUUUAAAAGAGGUAGGUGUGAACGUAUUAAUACCAUAAUCAAAACAGAUUUUUUAAAGAAUUAGGUGUGAACGUAUUAAUAGCAAAGUAACAUAUUCCCACUUUUGGUGGCUCAUAUCUAAAGUGACCCAACUCCUCAUCUCAGGUGGUGUUUCUCCUGUUUCAGUUUAUCACUUAAAAUGCUUCAUUUUACGGUUAGCAAGAAAGUUCAACUCAAAAUGGUUUAGGUAGUAAAUGUUUUUUGCCUAAGAAACAGAAAUGUCAGGUUUAGGCUCAGAUUUGGUUAUUUAGAGAUUCAUUGCAGUCAUCAAGAACUCAGAUUCCUUCUUCCAUUUGCUUGCUGGAUCAUUGUCACUGUAUCACAUUUUGUCUCUAGGUUGAUUUCUUCAUUUUAACAAAAUGAUUAUAGCAAUUCCAAACACCUCAUCUUCACAGAGCCAUGUUGAAAGGCCAGAAAAGUAAGCAUUCCUUUCUUGCAUUCUUCUUUUUAAAUUAAAAAGAAAAAUUUCCCAGACGUUUCCAUCAGACAUCACUCAUACUGUCCAGUAUUAGAUCACACAUCCAUUCCUAACUCAGUUCAUGGUAAGAAAAAUGAAACUACAAUUCGUUUAUUAAACCAAUCAUAUUUCACCAAAGGCAGGGGCUACCUUCCCUAGGACUCAUGAAUGGUGACUACUUGAAAAAAAUCAGUGUUUUAUUGAGCAAGGAAAAAGAGGGCUGCAGAAUAGUCAACCAACAUUGCCUGCCCUAUGUAGAGAUGCUCAAAAAGAAUUCAACAAUUUUAGCAAACGGAUUUCAUCUGACUUUCAAGAUAAGUGUUCUUUCAAAUGCUACAGAUUAUCAACUAUGGCUGUUUCAUUGUAUUCAGGACAAAGUUCAGGAAAAUUUAUGGUUAAAGAAUGAUAGGUGAGCUAAGAGCUGCAGUUAAACCAAAAAUCAUGGUUUCAAGGAGAACAAUAAAAGAAGAUGAUGCGCAAUUAAACUACAGGGAUGGAAUAAAGUCAUUUCAGAAACUACUGUGCCUCUUUUUUCAUUCCUUACUUUUCUUGACAGCUGCCAUUCCUCACCUUUAACUAAUUAUGGAACACAAGCUGUACCUUCAUUGAGCAGAUUACCUUGGAAGAAAGUUGGCUUGAGCAUGAGCUGUUUGGAUAAUCUCCAGUUACUUCAAUGAGACAUUAGUUUAGCUGAGUAGAGAAUUGGGUUUGGAUUCUGACUUUACUUCUCAAUGACUGUGUGACUCUGGAGAGUUACUUUAACUUUCUGAAUGUCAAUUUUACCUCAUUGAUAAAAUGGAGUUGAAACUUACUGAUUAUAAGAUUGUUGAGGAAAUAAACUAACAUGAUGUUUCCAAAUGUCUGGCUCCUACUUAAUAAAACAUAGUGAUUGUUGUUGUUCAUUUACUAAGUUGUGUCUAACUCUUUGCAACCCCAUGGACUGUAGCACACCAGGCUCCUCUGUCCUCCAUGAUCUCCCAGAGUUUGCUGAAAUUCAUGUCCAUUGAGUCAGUGAUACCGUCUGAACAUCCCAUCCUCUGCCGCCCUCUUCUCCUGCCUUCAGCAUCAGGGUCUUUUCCAAUGAGUUGACUGUUUGCAUCUGGUGGCCAAAGUAUUGGAGCUUCAGCUUCAGCAUCAGUCCUUCCAAUGAAUAUUCAGGGUUGAUUUCCUUGAGGAUUGACUGGUUUGAUCUCCUUGGAGUCCAAGCAACUCUCAAGAGUCUUCUCCAGCACCACAAUUCCAAGACAUCAGUUCUUCAGCAUUCAACCUUCUUUAUGGUCCAGCUCUCACAUUCUUACAGGACUACUGGAAAAAACAUAGCUUUGACUAUAUGGAUUUUUGAUGGCAAAGUGAUGUCUCUGCUUUUUAAUACACUGUCUAGGUUUGUCAUAGCUUUCUUUCCAAGGAGCAAGCGACUUAAUUUCAUGGCUGCAGUCACUAUCCAAAGUGAUUUUGGAGCCCAAUAAAAUCUGUCAUUGCUUCUACUUUUCCCCCUUCUUUUUAUCCAUGCCAUGAAGUGAUGGGACCAGAUGCCAUGAUCAUAGUUUUUUGAAUGUUGAGUUUUAAGCCAGCUUUUUCACUCUCUUCUUUCAUCCUCAUCAAGAGGCUCUUAAGUUCCUCUUCACUUUCUCCCAUUAGAGGGGUAUCAUCUGCAUGUCAGAGGUUGUUAAUGUUUGUCUCAGCAGUCUUUUGAUUCCAGCUUGUGGUUUAUCCAGCCCAGGAUUUCGCAUGAUGUACUCUGCAUAGAAGUUAAAUAAGCAGGGUGACAGUAUACAGCCUUGCUGUUCUCAUAUCCUAAUUUGGAACCAGUUUGUUGUUCCAUGUCCAGUUCUAACUGUUGCUUCUUGACUCGCAUACAGGUUUCUCAGGAGAUGUAUAAGAUGGUCUGGUAUUCCUAUCUCUUGAAGAAUUUUCCAAUUUGUUGUGAUCCACACAGUCACAUACUCUAGCAAAAUCAAUGAGCAGAAGUAGAUUUUUUCUGAAAUUCCCUUGCUUUCUCCAUGUAUGAUCCAACAAAUGUUGGCAGUUUGAUCUCUGGUUCCUCUGCCUUUUCUAAACCCAUCUUGUACAUAUGGAAGUUCUCAGUUCACGUACUGUUGAAGCCUAAGUUGAAGGAUUUUGAGCAUUACCUUACUAGCAUGUGAAAUGAGCACAACUGUGCAGUAGUUUGAAUAUUCUUUCUCAUUGCCCUUCUUUAAGACUGAAGUGAAAACUGACCUUUUCUAGUUCUGUAUAGUAUUUAUUUAUUUGGGAAUACCAGACCACCUUACAUGUCUCCUGAGAAACUUGUAUGUAUAUUUAUAUGUGUGCUUAGUCACUCGGUCAUGUUGGACUCUCUGCGACUCCAUGGACUGUAGCCCACCAGGCUCCUUUGACCAUGGGGAUUCUCCAAGCAAGAAUAUACGAGUGGGUUGCCAUGCCCUCCUCCAAGGGAUCUUCCCAACCCAGGGAUCAAACCCAAGUCUCCAGCAUUGCAGGCACAUUCUUUACCCUCUGAGCUACUAGGGAAGCCUGUAUUUA